GCGGCUGGUGCCGACAACAAAGUGACCUUUUUGAGUCAUGGAUAUAGAAGCAAAAGUGAAAGAAGUUGAGUCUGAGUUUUUGGCCAAGUCGAAAGACAUAUUUUGCGACACCUGUCGGUCUUUCAAAAUGUGACAUUGAAAUAAUUGGGAGCAAAACGUUGAAUUUUGGCCGCCCUGAAUAUUCAUCCAGAUUCACACGCUUGUACCUGCACCUUGUCAUUGAAGUAUGGAACCUCAAUUGCCAGUAGAUCCCAAAUGCCUUUGGAAACCUUCCAACGUGGAAGAUACCUCCAUGGACAGGUUUAGGGCCCAUGUCAACCAAAAGUUUAACCUUUCUCUCGCCAACUACGACGAUCUCUAUGAAUGGUCUGUCAACUCAAUUGAAGACUUCUGGUCUACUACUUGGGAUUUUACAAGCAUGUUGAGUUCGACCAAGGCAUCACAAGUUCUCGAUACCACAGUUCCAAUGGAUGCUAUCCCAGAGUGGUUCAAAGGUGCAAGGCUCAACUGGGCUGAAAACUCCUUGUGGUGUCGGAGCUCUGAAAAGGUCGCUAUGAUUGCUACAGGCGAAGGACACCCACGAACUGAAAUCACUUACGCUGAUCUAUACAGUGAAGUGUUAAAAUGUGCUGAGGCUAUGCGCGCAAUGGGUAUUGUAGCUGGCGAUCGUAUUGCCGCUUACAUCCCGAAUUGUCCUGAAGCUAUCAUUGCCAUGCUAGCUGCAAGUAGCAUCGGUGCCGUUUGGAGUUCCACCUCCCCCGAUUUCGGUACUACAGGCGUACUGGAUAGAUUCAGUCAAAUUGAGCCCCGUAUACUGAUCUCUGUCAAUGCCGUCGUCUAUAAUGGCAAAGUCCUGGAUCAUACAUCUAAGGUCAAUGCAGUGGCACAUGAAUUACCUUCACUUGAAAAGGUUAUUAUGAUUCCCUUUGUGAGCGGUCAUGCCGGUCAGGAAGUUCCUAACAGCUGCGCAUGGAAUGAAUUUUUGGAAACUUGCAAAGAUCUACCAGAUGCCAUUCGUUUUGAACAACUGCCUUUCAACCACCCGGCCUUCAUUAUGUUCAGCUCUGGCACAACUGGUCUACCCAAAUGCAUUGUUCAUUCCGCAGGAGGGUUAUUACUGCAGCUGAAAAAGGAGCACGUCAUUCAUGGUGGUCUUACUCCGGAUGAUAUUCUGUUUUAUUAUACUACAACAGGAUGGAUGAUGUGGAACUGGCUGGUAUCAGCACUGUCUGUUGGAUGCACCAUUGUGCUAUGGGACGGUAGUCCUUUUAAGCCUAGUCCUGGUGCCCUAUGGGAACUAGUUGAUGAACUGAAAAUCACUCAUUUUGGAACUUCAGCCAAGUACAUUCAGUCAGUUAUGGAAGUUGGUUACAAGCCAAAGGAGUCUUGCAAUCUGGGAACAUUGAAGGCCAUUUAUUCCACUGGAUCACCCCUCAAGCCAGAAAGUUAUGACUUUGUUUACCGUGACAUUAAGGAAGAUGUCUUGCUAGGAAGUAUUACUGGUGGUACUGAUAUUUGCUCUCUUUUUGCUGGACACAACGUUGCGCUUCCCGUUUACCGAGGAGAGAUCCAAUGCAGAUGCCUUGGAAUGAAAAUUGAAGCCUGGGAUGGCCAAGACAAACCGGUUAUGGGCCAGAGCGCGGAUCUUGUAUGCACAGCUCCUUUCCCUUGCAUGCCUGUCUAUAUGUACAAGGAUGAUGAACGCCGUUCCAAGUAUAUGAACGCCUACUUCUCGGUGUAUCAGCACGUUUGGUAUCACGGCGACUUUGUUUGGAUUAACCCCAAGACCAAAGGUGUUAUCAUGCUUGGGAGAUCUGAUGGUACACUUAACCCUAACGGUGUUCGAUUCGGUAGCGCAGAAAUCUAUAAUGUUGUGGACGAAUUUCUGACUAGAGGCAUAGCAGAUUCUCUUUGUGUUGGACAGAAGAUCAAAGGAGAGGAUGACGAACGAGUUGUUCUAUUCCUCAAGAUGAAAGACGGAAUCCAGCUGACUGAGGCAUUGGUGAAGGAGAUCAAGAUCAAGGUUCGGUCAGAACUUAGCCCAAGGCACGUACCGGCCUUUGUUUUGUCAAUCGUAGAUAUACCGUACACUAUCAACGGUAAGAAGGUUGAAGUCGCCGUAAAGAAAAUUAUAUCUGGACAAAAUGUCCUGCCAUCAGGAACACUGGUAAACCCAGAGAGUUUAGAACUAUACAAAGACAUUCCGGAACUCCGGCAAUGACAGGAAAAUUUUUGGAAUUUUGCAUAACCGAUAGGAAACAGAAUCGUUGUUGAUUUACAGUAUCGUAGAUGUCUUAGAGUAAAGCGUGUGUGUUUUUUCUUCGUUGUCUUUAGGACACGGUUAUUUGAGAUUGAUUGAUGAAUUAGGGUUAAGCUGUGUGCUAGUAUACAUUGACGUAGCUUUACAAAGAUGUUACAUGGAUUCCUCUUACUGCGGAGGAGGUUCAUUGUGUUCACUUCUAGUAGCAGCACUCUAUGAUCAAAACAAAACAGUAAAUAAACUGGAAGG